AUGGACGUCGUCCACGUCGAUGGCGCAAAAAAGGCGCCCGGCGAUUGGUCGCCCGAUGCCUGCCGCACCGUAGCUGCCGAACUCACAAACACGCUAGACCUUGGUGCCAACCGUCCACUCGUCGUAGAGGCCCUCGUCUUCAUCCACUUCUCCGUAUAUACCUUUGCCGAAAGACUACGUCGACGUCAGGGUCGCCGCUUCCACCAAUCACCUCGCCACUUUCUCAGCUUCAUCGAAUACUACGUCCAGGUAUCCAACCAGAAGCGGGACGAACUCGAGGAUCAGCAACGUUUCCUGCUCGUCGGUCUCGACAAGCUCCGGUCCACCGUAGAUCAAGUCGAAGAACUACAAAAGAGUCUCGCCGUCAAGCGAACGCAACUCGAGGCCAAGAAUGCACAGGCAAACCAAAAGUUGCAGAGCAUGGUCAAAGACCAGCAAGAAGCCGAACAGAAACGCGCCGCUUCCAUCGAGAUCCAAGCCGCCCUUGCGAAUCAGGAGGAGCAGAUCGGUCAGCGUCGCCAGGUCGUCAUGGCCGAUUUGGCAGACGCCGAACCCGCCGUUCAGGAUGCGCAGGCCAGCGUCAGCAACAUCAAGAAGCAGCACCUCACCGAGGUCCGCUCUAUGGGCAACCCGCCGCUUCCCGUAAAGAAUGCCAUGGAGUCCGUCUGCAUCAUCCUCGGCCACAAGAUCGAGAGCUGGAAGACCGUCCAGGCCAUCAUUCGCAGGGACGACUUCAUCGCUUCCAUCGUCAACUUCGACACGGAUCGUCAGAUGACUCGCCAGAUCCGCGAAAAGAUGAUCCGAGACUAUCUCUCCAAACCAGGGUACGACUUUGCCACCAUCGAUCGUGCAAGUAAAGCGUGCGGUCCCUUGGCCAAAUGGGUCAUCGCUCAGGUCCGCUUCUCCGAGAUCCUCGACAAGGUCGGUCCGCUCCGUGACGAGGUCCAGUCGCUCGAGCAGCAAGCCGACGACACCAAAGUCCAGGCCACCGAGAUCGUCAAUAUGAUCGCAGAGCUCGAAAACAGCAUCGCCACCUACAAGGACGAAUACGCUGCCCUCAUCAGCGAGACGCAGGCCAUCAAGUCCGAGAUGGAGCGUGUACAGAGCCGCGUCUCUCGCUCCAUGCAGCUUCUCGACAGCCUCUCCUCCGAAAAGCAUCGUUGGGAGACCGGCAGCCGCACCUUCGACGAGCAGAUGAGCACCAUCAUCGGCGAUGCUCUCCUCUCGGCAGCCAUGCUCGCCUACGCCGGCUACUUUGAUCAGCAGUACCGCGAAUCCAUGUGGCAGUACUGGUCCGACCAUCUCCGCGAAGCCGAGAUCAAGUUCAAGCCGGAGCUCUCCUUUGCCGACUAUCUCUCCACCGCAGACGAGCGCCUCGAAUGGCAGGCCAAGUCGCUUCCCGCAGAUACCCUCUGCACCGAAAACGCCAUCAUGCUGAAACGCUGGAACCGAUACCCGCUCAUCAUCGAUCCCUCCGGUCAGGCUGUCGAGUUCUUGCUCAACGAGUACAAGGUGCAAAAGCUCACAGUCUCGAGCUUCCUCGACGAGGCGUUCCUUAAAGCCCUCGAAAGCUCGCUCCGCUUCGGCAACCCGCUUCUCAUCCAAGACGUCGAGUACCUCGAUCCUAUCCUCAAUCCCGUCCUCAACAAGGAGCUUCGCAGGACCGGCGGCCGUGUCCUCAUCCGUCUCGGCAGCCAGGACAUCGACUUUUCGCCCUCCUUCAACAUGUUCCUCACCACGCGUGAUCCCUCGGUCGAGUUUUCGCCCGAUAUUUGCAGUCGCGUCACCUUUGUCAACUUCACCAUGACCCGCAGCAGUCUACAGAGUCAGUCGCUCGAUCAGGUGCUCAAGGUCGAGCGGCCCGACACCGAUCGGAAGCGUACCGACCUCAUGAAGCUGCAGGGCGAGUUUCGCCUCCGUCUCAGGCACCUCGAGCGUUCGCUUCUCACCGCGCUCAACGAGUCCGAGGGCAACAUCCUGGAUGACGACAAGGUCAUCGGCACUCUCGAGACGCUCAAGAAGGAAGCCGCCGAAGUCACGUCCAAAGUCGAAGAGACAGACGCCAUCAUGCAAGAGGUCGACCAGGUCACGGCCCAGUACGUCCCGCUCGCCAAAGCGUGCAGCUCCGUCUUCUUUGUGCUCGACCAGCUCCACCUCAUCUCUCACUUUUACCAGUUUUCGCUCCGCUUCUUCCUCGACAUCUUCGACUUUGUGCUCCGUCGCAACCCGCACCUCGACGGCGUCACGGAUCCCAAGCAGAGGCUCGACAUCCUCAUGCGCGACCUCUUCCUCGUCGUCUUCCACAGGACGAGCAAAGCGCUCGCGCACCACGACCACGUCAUGCUGGCUAUGCUGCUCGCUCAGAUCAAGGCGCGCGAACAGGGCCACGCCGAUACGCUCGAGAGCGACGAGUACGAGUUCUUGCUCGAGGGCGGCAACAUUGCCGCAGCAGCAGCCGCUGCCGCUGCAGACGGAUCUCGUAACUCUGCGCAGGGAAGCAGCGCUUCGCCGCGUCGAGGCGACGGAGAGGUCGAGGCUAUGCUGGAUGAGGAGCAGCUCGCCCGCGUGCAGGUGUUCAAGCGCCUCGCCUUCUUCCGCACCAUCGAAGAGCACAUGGAGGCCCACACGGACAAGUGGCUGACGUUCCUCGGCUCCAACAGCCCAGAAACCGCGGUGCCCGUCUUCUGGCCGCAAGAGGAGCAGAGCGAAGGUAUGUCGGAUCAGGUACGCAAGAUGCUGGUGGUCAAGUGCUUGCGCCCCGACCGCAUCGUCCAGGCCAUGGCCGCCUUCACUUCUCGCAUCUUUGGCCAGGAUGUGCUCGGCGAUCCUGGAUACGAGCUUGGCAAGAUCGUUGUGGAGGAGGUGGAUGCCAGCACACCCAUCGCGCUCUGCUCUGUGCCCGGGUACGACGCCAGCUACCGUGUCGACCAUCUGGUCAAGCUCGUUGGCGCGCGUUGCACCCCUGUCGCCAUGGGCUCGCAGGAAGGUUUCGCACUGGCAGACCACGCCAUCACAUCAGCUGCACGCACAGGCAACUGGGUGCUGCUCAAGAAUGUCCAUCUCGCGCCGAGCUGGUUGUCGCAGCUCGAAAAGAAGAUGCACGGUCUCAACCCGAAUCGCAAUUUCCGCCUCUUCCUCACGUGCGAGACUUCGCCCUCGAUCCCGGUCAACUUUUUGCGCGCUUCGCGCAUCCUGAUGAACGAGCCGCCGCCGGGGAUCCGCGCCAGCAUGCUCGACAGCCUCAAGAGCAUCGCGCCUGGUCGAUUGCAGCGAGGACCUGCCGAAACGCCGAGGCUGUACUUCCUCCUGGCUUUCUUCCACGCCACACUCACCGAGCGCCUGAGGUACACGCCGCUAGGCUGGUCGAAGCCGUUCGAGUUCAACGACUCGGAUGCCGAGGCUGCGCUCGACAUCAUCGAAGGCUGGGUGUCGCAGGUUGCCAAAGGUCGAGCCAAUGUGGAUCCGCAGCAGCUGCCGUGGGACGCCAUCCGAUCGCUUCUCAAGCAGAGCGUGUACGGCGGCAAGAUCGACAAUGCUCCGGAUCAGACGUUGCUCGACUCGUUCGUCGACGAGCUGUUCUGCGCCAAUGCGUACGAGGUGGAUUUCCAGCUGGUCAAGCACGACAAGCAGCCGCUCGUGGCUCCGGAGGGGACCAAGAUGGAGACGUUCAUCAGCUGGGUGCAGGCGCUACCGGAGCAGCAACCGCCUCAGUGGCUGGCGUUGCCUCCGAGCGCCGAAAAGGUGAUCGCCGCAGCGCAAGGUACGGCUCUACUCAACAAAUUGGUCAAGAUGAAGCAGCUGGCGGACGACGAUGAUGACGAGACUGUUGGCCACGAUCGCAGCGGCAGCAGCGGCGGAGGUGGUCAGGAUGCGGCUGCGGGUGCACCCGCAGCGUCGAGCUCGGCGUCGGUGCAGCCGAGCUGGAUGAAGGCGUUGCGAGCGAACGCGUUGCAGUGGCUCUCGUUGUUGCCCAACAGCGUGGCUUCGUUUGCGAAUGACGCGGUGACGAUCCAAGACCCACUCUACCGGUUCUGGGCACGAGAGCAUCGCACGGGCUCGUCGCUCCUCUCUACAGUGCGCACGGAUCUGCUCGAGGUGGUUGCUGUGUGCGACGGUCAUUCGCGCCAGACCAACCACAACCGAGCGCUGCUCACUGAUCUUCCGAAAGCAGUGAUUCCGCAGUCGUGGCGUCGAUACUCGGUGGCGAAAUCCAUGACGCUGGCUGAAUGGAUCGUCGAUCUGCGCGCGCGACUGGAGCAGCUGGAACGAAUCACGCGCGAAGCCAGCGAGCUAGGAGCCGGCGCCGCUGGUGGAGGAUACGAUAUGGCCGAGGUCGUUCUUGGCCUUUUGUUCUCGCCAGGAGCCUAUCUCACAGCGACGAGGCAGAGUGUAGCGCACGCGUCCAAGGUGUCGCUGGAAAACCUGUCUCUGCGGUUGCUGCUGAAUGAUGCGAAAGCAGGGUUGGAGUCGGGCAAGUUCGCCAUCCGAGGUCUGAAGUUGCAAGGAGCGAGCUGGGAUGCGGAGGGCAGACGGAUCAAGCUCAACGAUGGUGGUGUGACAAACCUCGGGCUGACGGCGCUGGUGUGGGAGCAUCAGCGGGAGGAAAAGGUGAAGGGUGAAGACGAGGGGAAAGUCAAGAUCAGCGUGUAUUUGAACGAGGAUCGAAGUCAGGCGUUGUUCGCGACCAUGUUGGUGGUGGAGGUCGGGGUGAAAGCGUAUACAGUGGCGCAGAGGGCCGUUGCGCUGCGUGCGUCGUGA